UCCCGCAGCGGCCGCGUUUCGGGGGUGGCGGCUCCUCCCGGCAGUGCGGUAGAGCGCGGCCGCCAUUGCAUCACGGCGCGCCCCGCGCUCGGCCGUGCCUCCAUCCCGCAACCCGGCACCGGUACCGGCUCCAGCACCGGCUCCGACUCCGGCACCGGCGGGGGGCGGGGGCGCUGCAGCCGCAGGGAACGGCCGCCGCGGCGCUGCGGGGAGAGCGGGCACCGCGGCAGCGGGGGAGCGACCCUCGGCCGGGCCCCGCGCCGACAGGGCUGAGGCGGCGGCCGGCGCCCGCCCGGCCCCGCAGUCCGCGCAGCACUUCAGCGGCGGGGCCGGGGCUCGGCGGGAUGCGCCGGCGGUGACGGGGCAGCGGGGUGCCGGGCGAGGGGCCUGCGCCGGCCGCCAUGGGGCCCGCCUGAGCGGCGCGGCCGCGGCGCAGACAGCGGGGCCGGUCCGCCCGCGCCCCGGCGGCGGGGGCCAGGCCCGGGCCUCCGCCGGUCCCCGGGGCGCCGCGGUCCCGGCCUAGCGGCGCGGCGCCUCCCGGCCGGCGCGCCCCCUGCGGGCGAGCGGAGCGGCGGCGCAGGCCGCCCCCGGGCCCGCGGGCCGGGUAUGGGCGGCGCGGCGGCGGGCGGGCGCUGAGGCGGGCGGCGGCAGCAUGGAGGCCAUCUGGCUCUACCAGUUCCGCCUGAUCGUCAUCGGCGACUCCACCGUGGGCAAGUCCUGCCUCAUCCGCCGCUUCACCGAGGGGCGCUUCGCCCAGAUCUCCGACCCCACGGUGGGCGUGGAUUUCUUCUCCAGGCUGGUGGAGAUCGAGCCGGGCAAGAGGAUCAAGCUGCAGAUCUGGGACACGGCCGGGCAGGAGCGGUUCCGGUCCAUCACCAGAGCCUACUACAGGAACUCGGUUGGUGGACUCCUCCUCUUUGACAUUACAAACCGCAGGUCCUUCCAGAAUGUCCACGAGUGGCUAGAAGAGACCAAGGUGCACGUCCAGCCGUACCAGAUCGUCUUUGUUUUGGUAGGUCACAAGUGUGACCUUGACACACAGCGGCAAGUCACCAGGCACGAGGCUGAGAAACUGGCUGCUGCGUAUGGUAUGAAGUACAUUGAGACCUCAGCUCGGGAUGCCAUUAACGUGGAGAAGGCCUUCACUGAUCUGACUCGAGAUAUAUAUGAGCUUGUUAAAAGGGGGGAAAUUUCAAUCCAGGAGGGAUGGGAAGGGGUAAAGAGCGGGUUCGUCCCAAACGUAGUGCACUCUUCAGAAGAAGUGGUGAAGUCAGAUAGGCGAUGCUUGUGCUGAGCUCUUCUAGUGAGGCAAGUGGUGAUGAACUCUACUAACCAAACAUACUUUUACUAAGUGAACUCAGUGUGACAGAAGGGAGAGCAACACUCCCGUUGUGAACAGCCUCCCACGUUGUUUUGGACACCAGAACAGAGCCCGGAAAGAAAUGUUCUGUUCCAAAUAACCUUUCAGAACUGGGGGCUACAAACCUAAAGGAGAGUGAGUGAGGGUGCAUGUAGAUGUUGUAAGGAGACAGGGAGCAGAAAUGAGGGGCUGCACGAGACAGGAGCGAGCAGAGAGCUGAGUGGGCGGGCACGUGCCAGGGUACCGUACAUGUCCUCUUUUAAGUAAAUCCGUAGCUCCAUGCUGGGUACUGAUGCCACAGUAUAGCUGCUUUAGCAGUGUGACAAAUGGGCAGACAGAGAGGAAGGAAGAGGACAUCUUCAUUUGCGUCAGCUGUUUAUUACCAGGGAGGUGUAAAGGCAGCACAGGUACCCUUUCCUCAUAAGGCCAGCUCCACAGGAAGAGUUUAUUGACAUAGUGUGCACACUUCUGAAUUUUCUUUUUUAUGUUCUUGAACCUAGUUCAAUAGCAAAGAAUAUUCUGUGGGAUUUAAAGAGGAAAACAGUAGUUAUUUAUUUGAUUGGUAAUUAAAAUUUAAAUUAUUUCCCCCCUCCAAUAGUGCUUUUUUUUGCUGUGCUGAACUGGGAUUCUAAGUGGCAGCUCCUGCUCCAGUAGUAAUUCUUCAAUGCAUUUUUACGCAUUUACUGCCUAGGUGAGUACCUUGAAAGUACCCUGAGUUCAGGGCUUUCCAAUAGAAUUAAUGCUCAAGAGCAUAAAGAGAGAGAACCAUGUCCUCGUAUCUGAAGGCUGGGGUGUUGCAGCCAGGCGGGACACACCAACAUUUCUGUGCUGACAUUUGGGGUGUCUUAUCAGCCAGGUCACAAGGAGGAAUGGAAAGGAGGGGGGAAAAAACCCACCCAACAAAAUAAAAACAAACAAACAAACAACAAACCAACCUUGAAAAGCUUAACUCAGGUGCAUCAGACAUCCUAAAAGGUGAGACUUGUUUUUAAAGAAGUUAAAUAGCACGGAAAGCAAUGGCUUCCAUCAAUGCUUGCUGCUGUUAAAGUGUCAUUUUCUUUCUUGGCAUCUGUGGAAGACAAGAACUAGCACUGGGAAGGAGGAGCACACAACAGAUAUGUCUGAGCAGGGGGAAGGAAAGCCACAAGACAAGCUCAAGAGUAACAUUUGUUUUCUUCCAUGUUAUAAUUUGACAAAAGAGGAUCCAUCUCAGGUUGGUCACGAUGGGAUAGCAGCUGUGCUACAGAAGCUGUAUGUAGGUGGAUGGUUUCUGGGAAUGCCAGUCACCACUUAGAAGCUUUGCUUCUGCUGAGUUUUAACUUAAGCUUUUGAAGUGCAGCAGGGUAACAGUGCUCCUGCAGCAAACUAGGGAAGUUCAGCCUAUUGAAAGCAAACAAACAAAACUAUAGUGACUUUUUAAAAAAAAAAACAAAACUCGAGUUUGCAAGCUUUAUUCACCAAACUGCUAAUGGGCAGGAGGGAGGGAUUAGGUUAAAAACCACAGGAAGCACCUAGUGGUUGAUUUUAGGCCUCUAAGUAGAGAAGAAUAAAAUAUUUGUUACAGCUUUUUAAGCUGUCCCAGCUAUAAAAGUCUGGGUCUUGCUUGCUGUUGAGUUCAGCCUAUUUCUCCCCUUGAACCGAUCCUCACAGUUUGUAGAACAUGGACAGAUCUGUCUGAAGGGAAAACAAACAAACAAACAAAACAAAAAAACCCCACCCCAACAAAAAAAACCCCACCACCAAACCAAACACCACCCUGUGGUUUCCACAUUAAAACCAAACCCAACAAACCCAACCCAACGACCACAAUCCUGAAAAAGAAUAUUAUUUUUAUUUUCAGUGUUCUGGGAGCAAUCUCAGUUCCUGGGCUCCGCAGGGGACCAGCAGUGUUGCACCUGCUGGGAGGGGCAGCAAUGUUCUAGCAUCUUUCCGUAAACCUGUCACUGCUAACCCCUCAGUGCUCCAGGCUGUAAAUCUAUGAAAAAAAACCCCCUUGUGCUAAAGCUCGGUGAAUGCCAGGCAGAGUCAGUUGUGGUCAAGUUGAGUGCCCUGAAGAUUGAAAUCACUCAAUCAAUCCCUUUAAAAAAUUUCUUUCUAGGUAAGCAAAACUGGAGAAGAUGAUUGAUGCAGCGAGCGCCACAGGAGCUUGGCUGCCAUGGGCUCUCAGGGGGUGCCACCAGUGGAGAGUACACGGUUUGCUCGGAGCAGGUCUGUUAGUCAUAUUUUUGCAAAGACAAGCAAGUACAAAAGGGGCCAUUUCUUCAGCCUUAAACUGGAGAGUCUGCCAAGCAACUGCUUGGUCCUUCAGGGCCCAGCUGGUCACCAGGUGUCUUGGGUUGCCUGGCUGAGGGGAGCAGCUCUCUGCAGGCAGAGCUGGAGUGCUACAGGAACAGCAGUUAGAAGUUGGCUCAAACAAACAGCAUUUUAGCAAUAGUAAAAUUCUAUAGUUCUCUGUGCAGGAACCUGGCCAGCGGUUGGGGGACUCAUUUGUUAUGACACAACCAAAUAUUUUAUGUAAUGGAUUUUGGACAGUCCCCUUUACUGCUCCCAGAGAGAAAUUCCAGAAAGCCUAAAUAAGUAAUUACAUUCAGGCCUUCAGAGUAACUCUUCAAUUCAGAAAUACAAGUGUCAUAAUUCUGAAGAGGAACAGCGUAGAAGAAAAAUGUACGAAGUCUUAAAUACUUAGAGGUAAUAAAUGGUUAUAUUAAAUGAUAGAGAAAUCAUUAUAUACAUCUUUUUCUAAUUCCUUGCAUUUUCUAGACAGCUUAUUAAAAUAUAGGAAAUGUAGAUUCAUCUGUACAAAAUUUGGAAUGUUUUUUCUAAGAUGAAGAACUUAUAGGAUAUGCUAAGAAUUCUUUUCUAACAACUGGUUUUAAUGCUUUGACUUCUAGUGCAAGAGGGAUUUAGAGACAUCAGAAGGUGAUACCUUUCACAGGAUAAAGGUCAGGAGCUCUUUUACUCUAGGAAAAAAAAAAGAAAAAAAAGAAAAAAAAAGAAAAAGCUAACUUUCUGUGGUCUCUACCACAUGUUAAAAACAAUCUGCAUGUUAGAUUGAAACUGCUCAGAACCUCCAGAAUAAAAGCAUACUAUAUACUUUCCUUGCUUUCUGUUAUGCACUGUAACAAAAUGUGAAAAUAAUGCUGUAUUUAGCUGUCUGUAUGUGACUGAAAAUAUGCUUGUAUUUAGCAAAAUGGUUACUAUGUGAUAAUGUGAAAUUCAAAACUUGUAAA